AUGUCUAGCAAAAUGUCAAGACAACCCAAGCUACGCCCAAAGUCACAUAUCGAGGGCUUUCCCGAUGGUGUAUACGACUUUCCCACAUUAUCGUCUCUGUCAGAGCAUGGUCACCACAUGGCUUUGAGCGAGGACAAGCCUGAUCAACGCGUUUUCCGGGUUAAACGCAAACAUGUUCUGAAAGCCUGUGAUCGUUGCAGAGUCAAGAAGACCAAGUGUGAUGGAAAGCAACCAUGCAACCGCUGUUCAUCAUAUAACCACCCGUGUCUAUUUCGGGAAAGGAAGGCGACCCAAGCCAAGGUCUACUCUCGCGGGUUCGUUGAGAUGCUGGAGUCCCACCAUUCUCUCGUUGUCAAAGCACUCCAACGGCUGUACAAGCUUUGCACUAGCAAAGAAGGGUUCCCGGGCGAGCCUCUUGUCGAGGCCUCUGACGGCUUUCCAUUGACACAUGCCAUACUCGACCGUCUGGGAUUGAUCAAACAAGCCGAAGACAGCUCUAAAAAUGGGUCCCACGAUAGCGAAGACCUUGAGUAUCUACGUGUGCUAUCGAAUUCGACAGAUUGCUGCGCGACUGCAGACCCAUCACCAGAGCCUGUCACGCCUCCUGACCCCGCGCCGAAUAUCUCAAGCCUGGUUCAACUGUCUCCUGCAGGUGCCGCGCCCGUCAAGUGGGAGUACCAGUCUGUGCAAUCGGAGCCGUAUCCGGGUUACCCGCACGCUGAAUUUCGAGGCGCCCCGCUGCCGCGGCCGAUUCUCGAGACAGUCACCAGCUCGAGCGACGUCAAGUGUACAGCGCCAGUACACUCUCCCGUCACUGCUCUCCCAAACCCGUACAUAUACUACGGCGAGAACAACUGCAGCGCAGAAUCUACCGACAAUGGACUUUCGCCUAUCGUCACUACCUCAGGAGGUCUUCCGGCUGUUACGGCAGCUGGUCUGCCCGUUGAAAUGGUUGGAAACUAUAAUAUGCACUUGCCCGAACAGACGGUAUACCACCAACCUCUCACUACGGGAUGGGCGUAUCCGUGCGAGUAG